AUGACGUGGCGUCAAUUCAUCAACAACAGUUUGAAAAAGUGUCAUGGCCUUUUCGGAGAGGCAUGCGAAUACUAUUUCUUAAAGCAAGACGGAAACCUUGCGUAUGUAAAAGUCUUUAUCAAGGACGCUGCAACCUUUGAAUCGGCCGUGUCAACAUUCAUUUCCUCUGAAGAAUUAACGGAAGUUCCAGUUCUGGCUCUUAUUUUGCAGACUACGAAUGCCAUUGGCAAUCUGGAAAUUUCUGACGAUGACGUUUUAUGGCACAAGGCAGCAGUUUCCAAUGAGAUCGAGGAUGGAUCCAUGGACAAUUGA